AUGCUAGAACAAGACCAGUACACACUCUUACUGCUGUUGUACACCGACGAGUUGGAGAUUGUUAAUCCCCUGGGUGCGGCACGCGGCAAGUACAAGAUUGUGUGUGUGUACUUUUCAGUAUUGAAUCUCCAUCCCAAAUACAGAUCAGAGCUUCAGUACAUACAUCUUAUUUUGCUAGCUCGUAAUCUUCACGUCCAGAAAUAUGGGAUGGACGAGCUUCUGAAGCCCAUGAUAGAAGAUUUAAAUGAAAUUGAAAAGAGUGGAAUUUUUGUCAACCUCGGGAACAUGUUGCGACGGGUUAAAGUCAAAGGUUUCUGCUUCUGUGGAGACAAUUUAUCGCUCAAUCGCAUUGGGGGUUUCACUUGCUGCUUUAGUGCAGGCAGGGUCUGCCGCUUCUGCCUUGCAUCGUCAGGAAACCUAUCAAGACUCACCACUGAGGAGGACUGUGUAGUGAGGUGCUUAGAUGCUCACAAGAGACAUUUGUCCUGCAUUGAGGUGAACCCUGCCAUGGGUAAGAAGAUCUACGGUGUGACAGGGCCAUCACCACUCUUGAAGGUCCCAGGAUUUGACGUCACCACUCAACUGCCACCAGAUAUCAUGCACGAUAUACUUGAAGGGUCGUUUGAGCAUGUGCUAAGACAAGUUUUGUCGGCUCUCAUCAAUCAAGGUAUUCUUACAUAUGAUGACCUCGGCAAGAUUAGUACAUUCACUUACGGUUUUCAUGACAAGAAGACGAGGCCUGAGCCACUUAGCAAAUCCUUCAUCAAUGGAAACAGCAACCUUAAGGGAACAGCGUCACAAAAAUGGUGUCCUAUGCGUCUUUUGCCCCUAAUUUUAGGUGACUGUGUUCCACUUGAAAACCCGGACUGGGAAGUGCUGUUGCUUUAUUGUGAAGUUGCCAGCCUGUGCUUUGCCCCUGAAAUAUCACUGGACUUCGUGGCCUACCUCAGAGUCAGAAUUCAAGAGCUGCUGUGCUUGUUUGUUGCAAGAUACCCAGGCGCAUCAUUGAAACCUAAACUGCGUUAUCUCGUUCAUUAUCCCCGGUUCAUAGUGCAGUUGGGGCCACUUUGA